UCCCGCUCCAAGAUGGCGGCGGUGCCAGACGAGGCGAGCACCUCGGUGAAGACGGAGCCCGAGCUCCUGGAGGAGGUGAAGAGCGAGAGCCUGUCGGUGCCCAUUACCGAGGAGCCGACGUUGGGGAACGGCCAUGGCGUCUCUCCGAAGGCCGCCAGCCCGCCGCUGGCCCCCCCGGUCACCACCCCGGAGGCUCCGGACCGACAGACGCUGCUGGCCGUCCUGCAAUUCCUCAAGAAGAGUAAUCUGCGGGAGUCCGCCGACAUACUCCGCCGGGAAUGCGGCUUUCUGGAGCCCGAGGAGAGCCCGGCCCUCAGCCCCAGCGGGCAGCCGACCACCGGAGAGCCGGACAGCGGCGAACACAGUCUGCUGAGCCGGGUCACUGCCGGGAGCGCCGCUAUCUCCUCCACCACCGCCACCGGGGGAGCCCCGACCACCGCCGUGAAAGAGGGCGGGGCGUCCGGCCCAUCUCCCCCAUGGAUUGCAUUGAAUAGUGGCCCACAGGACCAGCCCGAUGUCAGUGCUGUUCUGUCCGCUUACACCCAGCAAGGAGAUCCAGCUCUGUAUGAGGAAUAUUACAGCGGCCUAAAAAGAUUCAUUGAGUCUGUACUGGACUGUCAUCGUGCAGAGUUAUCUCAGUUAUUCUACCCUCUCUUUGUGCACAUGUACCUGGAGCUGGUCUACAAUCAGCAUGAAAAUGAAGCCAAAUCUUUCUUUGAAAAAUUCCAUGGGGACCAGGAAUGUUACUAUGAAGAUGAUCUCCGCAUUUUAGCUAGCCUCACAAAGAAGGAGCAUAUGAAAGGAAAUGAGACCAUGUUAGACUUUCGAACAAGCAAGUUUGUGCUAAGAAUAUCCCGGGACUCCUAUCAGCUACUUAAGCGCCAUUUACAGGAGAGGCAGAACAAUCAGAUAUGGAGCAUAGUACAAGAACACUUGUACAUUGAUAUAUUUGAUGGCAUGCCACGUAGCAAACAACAGAUAGAUGCUAUGGUGGGCAGCCUGUCUGGGGAAGCCAAGCGUGAAGCAAACAAAGUCAAGGUGUUUUUUGGCCUUCUGAAAGAACCAGAGAUUGAAGUCCCUUUAGAUGAUGAAGAUGAAGAAGGUGAAAACGAAGAAGGAAAGCCAAAGAAAAAGAAGCCAAAAAAGGACAGCAUAGGCUCAAAAAGCAAGAAACAAGACCCUAAUGCACCACCUCAGAACAGGAUUCCUCUUCCAGAGCUAAAGGAUUCUGACAAACUUGAUAAAAUCAUGAUUAUGAAGGAAGCUGCCAAACGGGUUCGCCUUGCUCCUGAUUCACUGCCCUCAAUCUGUUUCUACUCAUUCCUUAAUGCUUACCAGGGUUUAACCGCAGUGGAUGUUACAGAUGAUUCCAGCAUGAUCGCAGGAGGGUUUUCAGAUUCUACCGUGCGUGUGUGGAGUCUCACACCAAAAAAACUUAGAAGUGUCAAAAACACAGCUGAUCUCAGCUUGAUAGACAAAGAAUCAGAUGACGUUCUAGAAAGAAUUAUGGAUGAAAAAACAUCAAGCGAGAUAAAGGUUUUAUAUGGUCACAGUGGACCUGUCUAUGCAACCAGUUUCAGUCCAGACAGGAAUUAUUUAUUAUCAAGCUCAGAAGAUGGCACUGUCCGUUUAUGGAGUCUUCAGACAUUCACCUGCUUAGUGGCAUACAAAGGACAUAACUAUCCAGUGUGGGAUGCUCAGUUUUCUCCAUAUGGAUAUUACUUUGUGUCUGGAGGCCAUGACAGAAUUGCUCGUUUAUGGGCAACAGACCAUUAUCAGCCUUUACGUAUAUUUGCUGGCCAUCUUGCAGAUGUUAUAAGUACUCGUUUUCAUCCCAAUUCUAAUUAUGUAGCCACUAGUUCAACAGACAGAACUGUCCGAAUUUGGGAUGUUUUAAAUGGGAACUGUGUGAGAAUUUUCACUGGACACAAGGGACCUAUUCAUGCAUUAACAUUUACUCCAAAUGGAAAGUUUCUGGCUAGUGGAGGCACAGAUGGCAGAGUCUUGCUUUGGGAUAUUGGUCACGGUUUGAUGGUUGGAGAAUUAAAGGGUCACACUAACACAAUCUAUGCACUUAAGUUUAGCCGAGAUGGAGAAAUUUUAGCAUCAGGUUCUAUGGACAAUACUAUUUGUUUAUGGGAUGCAAUAAAAGCCUUUGAAGAUUUGGAAACUGAUGACUUCACAAGUGCUACAGGACAUAUAAAUUUCAUGGAAAAUUCUCAAGAACUUCUCCUUGGCUCCUACAUGACAAAAUCUACUUCUGUUAUUCAUCUUCAUUUCACACGACGAAACCUUCUUCUGGCUGCUGGAGCUUAUAGCCCACAAUGA